AUGGAUCCCUCCAAAGCUCCUGGUAUUGAUGGUUUCCAUGUCUUUUUCUUUGAAUUUUUGUCCUAUAGGCCUAUGUACUGUGCUCUAUAUAACAGUCAACGAGGUGGUGGUGUACCGGCUCAAACCCAUUCUUCCAGAGUCAAAAAGUUGUUUUGGUUAAUCUGUUAUAAGGGUCUUUUGACUGAUGAAAAGAGAGUCCGUCGGCAUAUUUCUGUUAACACCGCAUGUGCGCUUUGCAUGGCUAUUCUGGAGUCCAUUUCACACAUUCUGCGUGAGUGUACUACAUUUUAUUCGACUUGGAAAACCCUUAUUAAACCUUGUCGUCUUACUGAGUUCUUAACUAUGAAUGUCUUGGAGUGGAUCCGGAUAAAUCUUCUUGACCCAAAUUACUUCCCAAAUAAUGGCAAUGAUUGGGAUAUAAUGUUUGGGUCAAUCUUUUGGUGCCUCCUGACAAGAAGAAACAAGUUUAUUUUUGAAUCAGACUAUGUGGAAUUGGAGAGUGUAAUGCAACGUCGUCGAAGGAUGUGUGAUGAGAAUUCUCGUGCUCAUGCUGUCAGUGCUUGGUAUAAAGCAGAAUACUGGGGUGUCUACGAGGGUUUGAGAAUCGUUUGGGAGAUGGGCAUGAAGAGCGUGGAGGUUGAAUCGGAUAACAGAGAGGUAAUUGAGUUACUUUAUGUAAUGGCAGAAGCUUCUUGGUCACUGCCCUUUGGUGCUAAAAGAUUUGCAAUCAUGCCUGAGGCUGUAUCCAGCGUGCUGAGGGAUGAUAGUGAUUAUAACAUUGUGAUGUAG